AUGGAAGUUAAUACUACAACCACUGUAUCUGCAAGGCCACCGACUAAGAACCACUCUUUCACACAGCACCGCUUACAUUCAGAAAGACAUAGCCAUAGCCAUGGCCAUUUCCCCCCCAAAACCAUUCUCAUAACCAUCUCACUGAUCACCUUACUUACGGUCCUAUUUGUCAUUUUUGUGGUCCUAUUCUUGAUCCGUCGUCAAAAAUCCUCCAGCAAGAAUGGAACUUGCGAAGAAGACAGCAGAGAGCUUCAUGACACAAGCAGCAGGCUCAUUACUUCAUCAACUUUGAAUUCUAGCCCAGAUGUGAAGAGUGGGUGUCUUCACGGGGGAAAUUUGAGCAGGACCCCAGCACCUAAAUUUCGAGGAGUCCAAGUGUUCACAUACAGAGAGUUAGAAAUUGCCACAGAUGGAUUCAGAGAAGGAAAUGUGAUUGGUAGUAAUGGAGGGCAUGGCUUCAUGUAUAGAGGAGUUCUAAGUGAUGGCACUUUGGCAGCAAUUAAGUUACUUCGCAGUGAGGGUAAGCAAGGGGAGCGUGCCUUCAGAAUAGAGGUCGAUCUCCUAAGUCGCUUGCACUCUCCAUUUUUGGUGGAGUUACUUGGCUAUUGUGCUGACCAACACCACAGGUUAUUGAUUUUUGAAUACAUGCCCAAUGGUACACUCCACCACCAUCUUCACUCCUCCAAUGAUCAAACUCAACCGUUGGAUUGGUGGGCCCGGAUGAGGAUAGCCCUUGAUUGUGCCAGGGCACUGGAAUUCCUUCAUGAACAUGCAGUAUCUCCUGUGAUCCACAGAGACUUCAAGAGUAACAACGUUCUAUUGGAUCAAAAUUUCCGUGCAAAGGUGUCUGAUUUUGGAUUGGCUAAGAUGGGAUCAGAGAAGAGGAACGGUCAGGUUUCCACCCGUGUGUUGGGGACCACUGGAUACCUGGCACCAGAGUACGCCACGGGUAAGCUUACCACAAAGUCUGAUGUUUACAGCUAUGGUGUGGUUCUUCUAGAACUACUCACGGGACGCGUGCCUGUUGAUAUCAAGCGGGCCCAGGGAGAACACGUCCUUGUCUCUUGGGCUCUUCCAAGGUUGACAAACAGAGAAAAGGUGAUUGAAAUGGUUGACCCAGCUCUACGCGGACAGUACUCAAAGAAGGAUUUAAUUCAGAUAGCUGCCAUUGCAGCAAUGUGCAUACAGCCAGAAGCUGAUUACAGGCCGCUCAUGACAGAUGUUGUACAAUCACUGAUACCGCUUGUUAGGAACCCAUCCUCUCUUAGUUCUAGCUCCCUACGAUUUCAGAAACAAACGCCAAGUCCAUGUCAUUAG